CGCCGGCUAGUAUCGGUUAAACAGGUGACAGAGGUGCCUAAAUAGCCAACCACGUUUGGUGCUGUUCAGUUUCAUCAGACUUUAGUGUACGUGCGCAGAUGCGUGUAUCCUACCUGCGAUUUUCACGAUUUUCACCCUCACCUUCACAUCGUAUACCUACUCGCAGUGAUAAACGAGAUGUGAACCAAGGCACGAGACCGCUCUAAUCCAACUGGUAAUAUCAACAGGGACGCGGUGCGGAUGCGGUAAUUAUUUUCAUAUAUUUUAACGAGAAAUGUGUUGCAAAAUUACACCUGGCGAGGUUCACAAAUCCAGCUACAACGCGCUACUAGCCAGGAUCGACAACAUUCCGGAUUAUUGCAUCCGAGUAAGGAAGAGAAAAGGCGUACGUAGAGAAGAAUAUUGAUCACUAAACCCAGGCUCUGCAAGAAUGCUCCUGUACUGGCUGCUAGUGGUUGGACAGAACUAGCGGAGCAUCGAAGAUCAGGAGACUCUCUAUCUCUAGGGUCUCGCGCCAAGUGCAGAGUGAAAUUGGUACUUUACGGAAAAAGUGAGGGUGAAAAAUACCGAGCGAAUAGAUAAAAAGAGAGUGAAUUAAUUCGAGGGAGAAGAGAAGUGCGGAGGAGGCUCUAGGCGAUUGAGGAAAGCAUAGAAUCUACAGUGAAAAUUUGUGCCAGGUAUAAAGAAGCGUGUAAAUGCCUGCGCCUGCUUACAUUAUUCAACACACUUACCUCCGCGCUGAAGCAGCCAUGCCACGUCGGAGACCCGUUUCGAUGAUGAACAGCCGAUUGGAAGAUGACAUGAGAUGUGUAUAUUUUCAGAAACAUUAAAAAUGCGAGGAUCAGAAGCUACGUUGGCAUCCCGUGAAGGAUUAUACCAGCCAAGACAGAUGGACGACAGUAUCAUCCCGUAUGACCUCAAAGAGGCCGACUGCUCGGGUCGAGCUCUGGCUACUCUCGUCGUCGCCUGGGUCGGUGCAGCCUUGGUAGCCUCGGUGCUCCUUAAAUGGACACACAUGUGGGUGGCCCUCGCUGUUCUGACCCUGCUUUUCCUCGCCGCUUGCGGCUAUGCAGCUUGCGACGCCAGAAGGACCCACGAACGGGCCUUGGCAAGGGAGGAACAACGGCAACUCGAACGACGCCGCCGGAGGGAACAGCAACUGGAGUCCGUCGGCGGGGGGAUCGACAAUUAUCCAGAGAUAAUAAACCCGCCGGAAUACCAAACGUACUGGGUAUCGGACCUGCCACCCUCGUACAACAUGGCGGUGAAUACGACGGGCAGCGUCGGCGGAGCAACGACGGGACCGGAAGUUGAUACCGAGGCGCAGUCGAUCACAGCACCGAGGCUGUCAAACCCGCCGCCAUACGCUGUCGCGAUACAGGCAGAGCCGCUGCUUCUGCCGAUCCAAAAUGCACUCCAGAGCGGGAUGUGCGGGGGGGGAAUCCAACCAGCGGUACACGGGGGGUCCCAAAAUUCGGGCCCCCAAACGGCACAGGAAGGCGGGCAGACCAGCUCACACAGCGGGAAUUCCGGCCUCCAAAACAACCAAAGCAUGAAUACGGCCCCCCGGUUUCUGGCGCCUCCGCCCCCGGUCGUCGGGGACGAAGACAAGGUCGGCGAGGGGCCCGAGAGUGGGCAGAACACGGGCAGCGUAGCUCAGACACGAACCCAGUAUCUGGCGUCCAUCAUAAACUCAACCUUCGGCAGGAGCAGGAGGGUCAACAACGGAGACCAGAAUAUUUCCCUGGGAAACGGGCAGACCGAGAGCCAAAACAAUCGUAACAAUAUUAACAACAACAACAACGUCACCGGACAACCACCCCAAUACCCUGCACGGCUAUCAGACUGAUGAGACGAACAACACGUUUUCAAUCGCCGUGCACAGUCGAUUCCCGGGUACGGGGUUGCCGAGAAAUUGAAGCAGGAUUGUUUAAUUGGACCUCACGAGUUUUUAAAUAAUAUGUAUAAAUACUACAUACCUGCAACAUGGACGUCGGAAAGUGGAUAUUUAUAGGCAUUCAGUUGCAAGUAAGCGGAUAAAUGCGACUAUAUGUAACUGAAUUCAAGAGUCACCGAGUUCCUUCAUUCGCGCAAUGUUUACACUUUAAUCGGUAUACAUCUUUGCGUUAAAGUAUUUUUUAAACUUGUUUAAGCCCUAAACGUAAGAUAUCGUAUGAACGAGACUUAUGUAAAUAAUAACUCUUGAUACGUAUACUAUAACAAAGAAGAGAGAAACAAAUUCAAUGUCUCGUCAAAAAUAUAUAUUCAUAUGUGCAAUUUUUCAAUCAACCAUUUAGAUUUUUAUACACUUACCUAAGUCACCAUCGAUUACCUGCUGUGCCUUAAAAUAAAUCUCAUUUACAUUAAGGACGCCCCGGCAAGAAAAAUUGUAUUACGUCUAUAUUACUAGAAAUUUUCAAUUUAUAAACUUCAAGGGAAUAGCUUUAUUUCAGACCUGUGGUCUUUAUUGGACGAGAAUACAUGUAAUGUUCCUUGAUUCACUUUUUCCUCAUAUGCUUAUCUUAGCCAUAACAGCUUUGAUGAAGGCAUAAUUUCGUACGAAACUUCUAUUGAUUUAAUAAAAACAAUAAUUCUAUAAUUAAUUUCAUAGAACAAUGAUAGUAAAAUUUUCAAAAUAGAUCUUCUUGUGCUUAAAACCUUGUUCACAUGGUCUUUACCAAAUAUUGCCGUUUUGAUUUAAGAAGAUUAUCCUGGUAACAAUACGAAUAAAAUGAACCAACGUCUUAGAAAUUUGACUAGUUUAAAUUUACUCCGUAUAUUUGUGUAAUAUUUAGUUGCCCUAUAACUGGUGAUUGGCUACGUGCAUAAAAUCGAUAUUUAUAAACUUGUUUAUUGAAAUCACGUGCUGUUUAAGACUAUAGGUAAUGACAACACGCGAUAGAUGAUUAUAAAUGUAUCCCAUUGUUUAUGCUCAAUUUUUUAAAACAAACAUGAACUUAUAAUUCACUUGAGACUGGUACUGUUGUUAUCAUUAUUGUUCUAAUAACGAUUCUUUAGUUUACUCAAACUUUUAUUUUUUACCAGCAAUUCGAAAAAAUAACGAAAAAGGUGAUAAUGUUAUUUCCACAAGGUCGAUGAUGUGUAUUUCAUUAUCAUAUCGAAGCUUCCACAAUAAACCAUUACACAGUGGCUUAACGAGUAUCAAAUAAUCUUAAAUGAACUUUUCAUUAUAGUAGUUAGGUAAGUAUUAUUAUAUUUAAUUCAUCUAAGCAGUAUCCCUCAUUUCUUCUCCUUAUCUUGUUUAUCCUUGUUUUGUUGCAAGGAACCGACUGCCUGACGAACUGCCUCCGACUGUGGAUCGACUCCGGGUAAAUUUUCAAG